AAUACAGACACAUUGAUAACCUACUAGCCAAAUAAGAUUGCUAAGGUGAGAAAUGGGCAAUGUAGCUUCAUGCACUCCUUCCUUGACACCUAAUGGGGUCUUCAAGGUCCUAUUCUUAGAUGGGAGGCUGGAGGCCUACACAAAACCUAUGAGAGCUGCAGAACUGAUGCUAGAAUACUCUGGACAGUUUGUUUGUGACUCUAGCUACCUCAAAGUCGGACAUCGCAUUCAUGGGCUUCUAGCUGAUGACCAACUUGAAAAGCGCAAAUUCUACUUCCUUCUACCAAUAGAGCUGCUCUUCUCUGUGCUAACCCAUGAAGAAAUGAGCUCUCUUAAUUACAAAGCAUCCAGGGCUACCAAGCACGCAAGUUUUAACAACUUGGGAAAGAUUUUUCCAGUGUUUAGUGAAUUUUGUAUGUUCCCUUCUGAGCUUAAGAGAUUAGAAGAAGCUGAUAAUCAGCUUCAGGUGGUAAGGGACCCAGAACCAGCCGUCAAAAGGUACUCCAAGCAGAGAUCUUGGAGACCGGCACUGGAGACCAUUGAUGAAACUCUAUGAAGCCCCUAUAUGAACAUGAAUGUUCAUUUGUAUUGGGUAGAAAUUCUUGGAUUCUUUUUUUUUUUUUUAGUAAACAUAAGUUACUUUAGAAAUUAGAAUUAGUCCAUAGCUUGUUCAUUGAUCAAUUAAAGGAGUUUUCCCUCGACAAAAUAACAAAAUUUUGUGAGUGUGUGGGAGUUGUGGUAACAUCCUUGUAAUUAAUGUACGCGUUUUAUCGAAUAAAGAUGACCAAAUAUGCAGAGAUCUUGAACCAAA